UUCGCUGCAGCUGCCCGCCGGCCGCUCUUAUUUCGGCGCCCGUCUGCCUGGGCGGGCAGUCGCCGGCCGGCCCAGUCAUCGCACGUGGCCCACUCAGUACCGAUCACACGGCUGCCCAAGCUACAAACUCCGAUCGCGACAGUUCCUCGCCUGUUCGGCUCUCCCCACGUACUCGGCCACGUUAUGAACUGAAUCCACCAGGCUUCGCGAGGCGUGGGUGGGGUGUUGGAACAGCGGGUCACAAUGGAGCGGUUCUGCCUCGUAAUUGUCACUUUGUGCCUGUUGGCGGCACCAGACGCUUCGGCGUCUGUGCUGAAGGACUACCGCUCUCUCUCGAAGAAUUUCACAUCGUUGCUGGACACGUUGUUGGACAAGAGCAAGUACGACAGAAGGAUUCGCCCUGAUUACGGAGGCGCUCCUCUGAUCGUCACUGUGAAUAUGGUCAUAAAAAGCAUGGGAGAAGUGUCUGAGGCAGGAGAGCACUACACGAUGGACUGCUACUUCCGCCAGGUGUGGCGCGACCGCCGGCUCACGUUCACUCUACCCGGCCUGGAGGAGUUCUCGCUGCCCUGGCUGUUCCUGGACCGCGUCUGGAAGCCCGACACCUUCUUCAUGAACGGCAAGCGCUCGCACCUGCACCGAAUCACCGUCCCCAACAAGUUCUUGCGCCUGCGCGAGGACGGCGUCCUCACCUAUUCCAUGAGAUUAACAAUCAAAGCAAGCUGCCCGAUGCACUUCAGAAAAUUCCCAUUGGACGCGCAGAAGUGCCCUCUGCUCAUAGGAAGCUACGGCUACGGCGAGAGCGACAUGGUGUACCGCUGGCCGGACACGGCGCGCGUCCUCACCGGCGACGUGGAGCUGGCCCAGUACGACCUCACCAACAUCUCCACCCAGCACGGGCUGCGCGUCAUGCUGGGACAAGUGAGACACUCGAUGAUAAAGGCGGUGUUCCACAUGAAGAGACACACGGGCUACUUCAUCCUGCAGGUGUACGUCCCCUGCGGCCUCAUCGUCUCCUGCUCCUGGGUCAGCUUCUGGAUAGACCCGUCCGCCGUCCCAGCACGCAUACAGCUAGGCGUGACGUCGGUGCUGUCGCUGACGACGAUGGGCAUGGGAGCGCGCGCCCAGAUGCCGCCCGUGUCGUACGCGACGGCGCUCGACUGGUACAUCAUCCUCUGCUUUCUCACCGUCUUCUCCGUGGUCGUCGAGUUUGCGCUGAUACACUACCGCGAGAGGGUCGCCACCAGCAUCCGGAAGGCGCUGCAGGAGCGUGCCGAUAAGGAGGAAGACAAACUUUUCGACAAGAUCGUGCCAACAGUCUCGGCCGCACCGCAGAUCCAGGUGGAGACGCCGGAAGGGACGGAGCCGCCUCAAGUGCUGGUGAAGGGGAAGCCGGCGCAAGCACCAGAUGUGGACUCCAAAGUAUCUAAGGCAGAAACGAAGCCAAAACUGGGUACUGAGUCGGUACUGGAUGAAUUGCCCGAGGUACCCUUGGCAGCCCCUGCCGAAGACACGGCGCUGGUUACACACAUCACAGAGCAGGUGCAACUCUGGCGACCUGCAGGGCGGAACUCACGGCCUCCUGGUGACAUUGUUGAGGGCAAGCUGUGCAUACAGGUGGCACCUACCUCCAAGAAGGAUGCAGAUGCCCUCGGCAGUGCUCAAGCACCGACUACGCAGGAUGAAACAAUGUUUAAAGACGUCACGACGUCCCUUGAUAAAACACCUUCAGAGCGGAGCAAUUUUGCUAUCAAAGAUUUGCUCAAGAACAAACACCACUACGACACCGUUGAUGAGCCUCUAGAUGCUCGCCCAGCGACGUCUGCUGGCGCAGGACGUCCGUACGCUGCAGUGCGGAAGCUCGGCUGUACGACAGCACCGUACGGGAGCGUGGCCGAUAUCACUGGGCCUAAGCCAGACUUAGCUGAGAAACCAAAGUCAUCAAGUAGUGCCUCCACGGGCACUGAAGAAGGGGUUCCGUCAUACUCGCCAAAGCCUCUUCCCUUCGGGCCAAAUGUCAACAUAGAAAGGGUAACAUCCGAACGUCCUAAGGAAAAUGCAAAAAGCAAGCCGACAAUGUUACCCAUCUGGAAACCAACUUAUUUGGAGUCUAAAGCUGAGAAACAGCCUACAGUAGCGAGUUCCACUGCAGACACUGGUAAAGCAACACCCGCACCUACAGCAGCUUCUAAGCCUCCUCCUUGGAAACCUGAGAAACCCCCGAUAGCCUCUAGCAUAAUUGCAGACACAAGGAAAACUGCGUCGCUUGUCACAAAGCCUUUAUUGGAACCAAACAUUAAAACACGUGUCCCAGCUGCAGUACUUCCGACGGAUUCCUCAAAGAUUGCAGAGAGGGUGGACGCUGGCGAUGACGUGCUUCAGCAGGAAGUUGGAGGAUCUGUCUCUAGUCCGGCAGGUUCAACGGCCAAAUCCUACAACGAGAAGUUGACCCAGAGUGUCCGGGAGGCCAUCGCGGGAGGACGAGAGGAGGACACGGACGUGGAGGCUGGCCUGGUGGAGGAGGAAUCUCCAGUUAGCGACGGGCUGCGGUACCGACGGCGGCGCGAGGUGCUGCUGACGGGGGAAGACGACGACGAGCUGGAGUGGCAGGACGAGCUGGAGGCCCUGGGCUGGGGGCAGGCCGGGUGGCUGGCCGAGGUGGGCGGCCGCCUCUGCGACCUCUGCGAGCGGCUCGUCGACGCCGUCGUCUGCGGCGCCAAGCGCUGCCGCCUGCUGCCCAACGAGCAGGACGUGGCGCGCGAGAUGCGCCAGGGCAAGGAGAAGUUCUCGCGCAUCGACACCGCCGCCCGCACAAUCUGCCCUUUCUCCUUCCUCUUCCUGGUCUUCCUCUACUACACCCUCUACACCUACUACAUCACGGACGAAUUCCCCGUUAAGACGCACCGCAUCUCUGCAAGCAUCCCGAGCAGCAGAGCACGAGCAUAACCGCUGUUAUAUCUUCGAGCUACCGACCGAGUAGAAGAUUUCACUUUAGCGCACAAUAUUUCGACGACUGGCAUAGUCAUCUGGGUGCAAUAAGCAGUGCUCUUGCGUGUGCUCUCAGCAUGGUCCCCAAUAAGACUUCGAGACUAUAGCCCUGUUCGUUCUAUUCCAGUUGACUGUCUUGAUAUUAAAUUGUGAUUGUACCUGAGGAUAAGGCUUUAUCGGUACUAUAGCCAAGCAGAAGUCGAGCAGAAGUCGAGCAUAAGCAACAUGUACUUUUACAAAAUUUUUAAGUAUCUAAUUACCGGUCGGCCGCUCCAAACGCGGACGUAUGAUAAUUUCAAGUAUAGAAAAUGGAGAAAAGGUCAGAAAUCGAUCGCUGUGCUACAACAGAUCUAGGUUUCAAUUAUUACGUGGUCCUAUUCAGUGGGAAAAAUUACAAAACUCGAGAAUUAGGAACAAAUCUUAACUGCAAACAUCAGCACCACACAGUUACACACCAGAUAUCAGUAUGUGACAUUAGUCCAUGGUGUCACGAAGUAAACAGUACUGGUUGAUGUAGAAUAUACAGGAGUCCAACAUGAACUGAAGCCGUUGUUUACAAGAUUUGACAGGAAGAAAAUGUGACGUCAGACAUGUAUGGUGCCCUCUAUAGGAAAUGGAAAUGUGCGUUUGGCGUCAUUAGAUAGGAGGCCCCUUACGGGGGAGGUCUUAUUACAUUCGACGCCACAUUGGGGGACCGGCGCACCGGAUGGGGAUGAGAUGAUUAUGAAGACAACACCACACCCAGUCCCUGAGGGGAGAAAAUCCCCGACCCAGCCGGGAACCGAACCCGGUCCCCGUAGGACGGCAAUCCGUCACGCUGACCACUCAGCAAUCGGGGCGGACGUGCCCUCUAUUGAAAUUCGUUGAAUAAUUAAAUAAUAGUGAAGUUAUCUAGUUUAUGCAUUGAACAAUAAAAAUCACAAGUAGAAUAUAACGACAGCCCCACUUAGUCCCAGUUUGAUUGAACAUAAUUUAUAUCUCUUAACCCUGUUACAAUCCUUUAUUUUACUUAUUUGUUCAUUUUUUUAUGCGCCACUAGGUAGGUUCAUAUCUUUCGACAAUGCGAUGCUGCUUUGUUCCACGUGUUCAUUCUUUAAGCUCAGAGCUGGCGCUAAUGUACUUUUACGAUCUGUAUGAUUCUAAUUUAUGCCCCAAGAGGCUAAAGCAAUUUUAUUGUUCUAUUUUCAUUCAUUUAUAUUUUAAUUAAUACGGUACAUUAUUUUAAUAUUGUAUUUUUCGCUGUUGAAUGGAAAUUUAAGUGGGCCUUCUUCCAUUAGUUUGUAAUCCAAAAAUACAUUACGUGCUCUCCUGUGCUUACUGCUACUGAGCCUGCUAUAUAUAUGGCUCCAGACACGUGAUUUGGUUUCUAUGGUUUAACCAUUAAUUGUGGAUUUUGAUGCUCAGUAAAUUUUUAAAAAUGUAACCUCACUAUUAUUUAAUUAUUCACAACUGCCUCAAAGGAGGGCAACUCACAUCUCUGACGUCACACUUUCUUCUUGUUCAACUACGGCUUGAGUUCAUGUUAGACUCCCGUAUGUUCCCCAACAUCCAAUAUUGUUUACUGCGUGACACUUUGGACUUUGUUACAUUGUAUGUAACUGUGCAGUGCUUAUCUUUGCACUUACGAUUCGUUGUUAAUUACCUUAUAUUUGUUCCUGAUUCUCCUAUUUUGUAAUAUUUAACACCGAAUACCUAUAUCUGCUGUAAUAAUGCAACGGAUUGCUGUCCUUUUCUCCAUUGUCUGUAUUCAACGAUUAUUACGCAGUCUAAUCUUACAAUCUAAGCAACACAAUGAGCGCGUCACACGAGCUGGAAUAAUCGCGUCGUCGCUCCAGUGCUGCUGGCUUUGUUGGAAGACAAAUGAACACCAGGCAUCUUCCCAGCUGUUAUUCCUUAGUGUUAAAAUGUCGUUCACGUAUCAUACGUCAUCACCCCAUUUAUAAGGUGGCGACCAUGCGGCACAGCAAGUAUUCUGCAGUUAACAUUAUUGCAAUUUGCUAUAACCGAAGGAUCAAACAAAGCUAACUCUGGCAUGUGUGUUUUACACUGACAAACAAUGGAUCUGAGCUGCUAGCAAGAAAGUUUAUAGCAACAAAAUAUUCCAUCAUCAGUUUGGAAAAAAGUGCAUAAUUUUGUAUUUGUAAUGUUCUUAUUAAACUGAACAUCCAAAUCAA